AAUUGAUAUCUCUCUGAACAGGUUACUGGAGAUAUUUACUUCAGGAGGGUUGAAGUGGAAGAAUCAUGUCAUACUCUGUCCAAAAGUCAAGUCUUUGGCAGUUCAGUUCUGGCCAAGGGAGAGGGGGAUCCAUAAGAAAAAAGCAUGGUCCUGGUGGUACCUCAGGCGGAGUCUUCAGUGGUACCUUUGGUGGAUAUACUUUUGGUGGAAGGGAAAAUGGGCUUCUCUCUGGCAAUGAAAAGGGCACCAUGCAAAAUCUGAAUGACCGCCUGGCAAUCUAUCUAGAUAAGGUUCGAGCUUUAGAGGAAGCAAACACUGAACUUGAAUAUAAAAUUAAAGAAUGGUAUAAGAAAUUUGGACCUGGCAGUACCAGUCAUGGAGAAAAUCGGGACUACUCUGAAUAUUACCAAAUAAUUGAAGAACUCAAACAAAAGAUCUUGGAUUCAUCUUUGAGCAAUACUGACAUCAUGCUCCAGGUUGAUAAUGUGAGACUAGCGGCUGAUGACUUCAGACUAAAGUAUGAGACUGAACUGGCCCUCCGCCAGAGUGUGGAAUCUGAUAUCAAUGGUCUACGAAGAGUCUUGGAUGACCUGACUUUGGCCAAGACAGACCUAGAGAUGCAAAUUGAAACCCUGUCAGAGGAAGUGGCUUAUCUCAAGAAGAACCAUGCAGAGGAAAUGAAAGGUCUACAAAAAGCUACAAGUUCGGACGUGAACGUGGAAAUGAAUGCUGCUCCUGGGACAGAUCUUACCAAAUAUCUGCAUGACAUGAGAGCUCAGUAUGAAGCCCUGGCUGAGCAGAACCGCAAAGAUGUUGAAACUUGGUUCAAUGACAAGAGUGAGGUACUACAGCAGCAAAUCUCCUUUGCCAAUGAUGAAUCCAAUUCUGCCAAGACGGAGAUAUCAGAGCUGAAACGGACUUCACAAACCCUGGAAAUUGAGCUACAGUCAGCCUUAGCUCUGAAAAAAUCCCUGGAAGGUAGCUUGUCAGAGACAGAAGCAGGGUAUGGAACCCAACUCUCACACACCCAAAACCAAAUCAGUUCCUUGGAGGCCCAGCUCAUUCAGAUCAGGGAUGAAGCUGAGAACCAGAGCACAGAAUACAAGCAACUUCUCGACAUCAAGACUCGCCUGGAGAAUGAAAUCGAGACUUAUCGCCGCCUGCUAGAUGAAGAGGGAGGAGCUGGGCUUGAAAACAGAGCUAAGAAAGAAUCAACAAAAACUUUUCUCUAUAAAACCAUUGUUGAAGAGCUAGUUGAUGGAAUUGUUGUCUCAUCAAAAAUAAAAAAUGUUCAUCAGAGAUCAGCCUAACAGGUUAUCAAAGAGGCUCUGAUAAUGUUAAGAGAAAUGGAGCACAGAAAGUCUCAUUCAUAAAGAUAAAAUUCCAAGUCUUGGCAAGUCUUGAAAGGCUUGGGGGGAAAAGGGAGCUUUUCAAAUAACUC